AUGGAACGGUACUACAAAAAAGCAUCAGUUUCACUGUCUGAUAACACUUUACCAUCUAAUAAUACUGAUGAUUUGCCGUGGGAUCCUGCUAAAAGGAAAAAUAUCAAGGAUUAUAAUGCAAAUCAAGUCGAUGAGGUAAGACGCAAAUACCUUCUUAGAGGUCCGUGUCAACCACUUGGUCAUAACUUUGAAAAGAGACUCAUAGGUGGUAAAAUGAGACGAUUUAAUUCAGCUUGGUUUGGUCUGUAUGGUAAUUGGCUAGAGUACAGUGUAUCGGAGGAAAAGGCUUAUUGUUUGUGUUGCUACUUGUUUAGAGAUGAUGCGUAUCCUGGAUUUGUGAGGGGUGGGUUCUCGAAUUGGCAUAAGCCUGAUAGGUUAUCUUUCCAUGUAGGAGAACUUAACAGUUCUCACAAUAAUGCUGUCAAGAAGUGUGAUGAUUUGAUGAAUCAAGGAUUAGCUUUUCGAGGUCAUAGAGAAGGAGAAGAGUCUUCUAACAAAGGAAACUUUUUAGAACUUCUGAAAUACACAGCUGAUCACAAUGAUGUUAUAAAAGUGAAAUCUGUUAUUGAAGAAAUUGACAACGGAGUGUUUGGUCUAUUAGUAGAUGAAUCUGCUGAUGUGUCUGACAAAGAACAGAUGGCUGUUGUUUUUCGAUUUGUUGAUAAGAAAGGAGCAGUCAAAGAAAGGUUUGUUGGAGUUGUCCAUGUGAAAGAGACUUCUUCUUUAUCUUUGAAGCAUGCUAUUGAUGAGUUGUUUGCUAGGUAUGGUCUGAGCUUGAAAAAAGUGAGAGGACAAGGUUAUGACGGAGCUAUUGGUUCUUCUUGCAAACGAAAAGAUAAAGUCCGGGAAAAUUAUCGAGCCGAGAUAAAUGCUGGAAUUGCUAGUGGUGACAUUAACACUGGGAAAGGACGGAAUCAAGAAAUUUCUUUUCGAAGGCCUGGAACUACAAGGUGGGGUUCUCAUUAUAAAACGUUGUUGCGUUUGGUUGGGUUGUUUUCUACUAUUAUUAAAGAAUUCAACGAUCGUUUUACUGAGGUAAACACUGAGCUGCUUAUUUGUAUGGCUUCCUUAAAUCCUAUUGGUGCUUUUCGGGCAUUCGACAAGUCAAAGUUGGUGAAGCUGGCUAAGUUCUAUCCAGAGGACUUCAGUUUUAUGGACUGUUUAUCUCUUGAGCAACAACUUGGUAUUUUUAUCGACAAUGUACGGCAUGAUCAGCGAUUUAAAAAUCUGAAGAGUCUUGGAGAUCUUUCUCUUCUGAUGGUAGAUACGCAAAAGCAUAUUGCACAUCCUUUGGUUUAUAGGCUUUUGAAGUUGGUUUUGACUUUGCCGGUUGCUACUGCAAGUGUUGAAAGAUGCUUCUCUGCAAUGAAGAUAGUAAAGACAGCUCUAAGAAAUCGAAUGGGGGAUGAUCUUUUAAGUGAUUAUCUCAUUUGUUUUAUAGAAAAAGAAUUGCUUGAUGAUGUCGCAAACGAAGAAGUGUUGAUCCGAUUUCAAGCCAUGAGUGAAAGAAGAAUGCUUUUAUAA